CAAAAAAUGAAACAAAAUGGCGCUAAAAAUUGACGAGGAGUGGAUAAGACAACGGGUGCAUUUGGAACAUGAUAACUUGGAUGAUGUGAAAUCCCUGUCUUUACCUGGGUCAUACCAUGAGAAAAUAUCCCACCUUGGGUCAUCGCUACAUAGCUUCACCAGACUGAAACAUUUGGACCUUUCAAGGAAUGUAGUUUGUAACUUGGAGGGAAUCAGUCAUUUACAAAUGCUGGAAACUUUGAAUUUAUAUUACAAUAACAUCUCCACAUUAAAAGACCUUUAUCAGCUAAGAACACUAACAAAUUUGAAGGAACUUGAUAUCCGUUUAAAUCCAGUGACAAAGAAUGAACCAGACCACAGAUUGUUUCUGAUACACAUGUUACCCAGUCUCAGAAAACUUGAUGACAGAUCUGUAAGAGACAGUGAGAGAAAAGCUGCAUUGAUGCAUUUCAACACAGACCAGGCUUCUGAGUUUAUAAAUGAAAGAUUUCAAGAUGAUUUCACAAACAGCAAUGACAGAUUCCACAUUCCUCCACGUGCAGAACUGGUGAGAAACCUUGGUCCAAGAUCUGCCUUGGACAAUGAUGAUGUGCGCUUGCUUGAUGCAAUCACAAGGAAGAACGCCGGACCCACAUUUAUUUCUGGAUCAAGCAGUAAAUUCCCUGAUGUGGAGGAUUAUCCAAGACAAGAGUUGGCUGAUAUGCACAUCAUGGAUGAAGAAAAAGGUGCUGCAAUUGAGAAAAGCAAGGAAAUUCACCAUAAAAUACCACCAAUCUCUCUUCCAGUUGACUAUAAUGGUAACGUAAUACCACCACCCUACCCUCCUACCCAAAAAUCGCACAAACGCGUCUCCCGUGAUUCCCAAUACGCUCCCCACACCACUCAAGGUAAUUUCACCCCUAACCCGAGAUCUGUGGCUCACCAUCAGACUGAACAUGACAGUGAUAUUCCCAAGAGUUCAUCUGAUUCACAGGAGUCUGGUAACAGCGAAGAUAAUAUUCCUCAGAGAUCAAGACAUUUCAUUCCAGAUCAACAUCCUGGUUUGAAAGACGAGCGUAAUGCAAGGUCUCUUAACACAGAUAGUUCAUCGUCACCCUCUGGUAAUCAUAGAAACAAGUCCAGUCCUUCUUUUGCGGUAAACAAUGAACUGCGAGUGUUACAUAAGCUGGUUGAUCUUGUCGAUAAAUAUUGGAAUGGUUCAAAAUCUCUUCAUAAUCAUACAAAGUUUAAAGAUCUCGCUAUUGCCGUGUUGAAGAACUACCGGCCAACGCUGGAUCAACCUGAACGCGACAUGACAAGCUUGAGGAAACUACGGGAGGAGAUGUUGACAAAAGAGGAGGAAUUGAAGAAACUUUCAGAACAGUUAAAAGAACAGGAAGAAGAGUGUAGCGAAAUUCGUGAACAACUUGGAAAAGAGAAAGAAAAACGACAACUUUUUGAGGAAACUAGCCAGGAACUGACAACUCUACACGAAAGGUUUCAACACAUGCAAGAAGAGAAUCAAUUUCUCAAGACUAAACUGGAGUCUCAAAAAAACACAGAGUACGAACGACAGAAAAAGUCAGAUGAAGCAAUCAUCGACGUGAAAUCUCUUCAUGAUGAAAAUCAUAAGCUGAAACAGCGUUUGAGUCAACAGAAUGAAAAUUUGCAACAACUAAACGAGCUGGCAAGUAUGUUGCAGGAGAGUCACAGAUCUCUCGUUGCGACCAAUGAUCAUUUGCUGUUGGAGUUGUCCCAGGAAAAAGAUCGCCAUCAGGCUGAAGUGAAUCAACUUCACUGGAGUUAUAAACAAUUAAAGAAAUCAAUGGAUUGGUUGCCAAAUGUUGGAAAAACCUCACACAAGACGUAGAUAAGUGGAAAUCAUCAGUUGUGUGUAU